CCUCCAUGUUUGUUGCUGUGAAGAGAGCGGUGCUUACGUCAUCAUUGUGCGCGCCGUGUGCCGUUGUGGAAAGUCGUGUCUACUCACAGAUUAGAGAGGCGAUCAUCCUAAAAAAAGGAAAGGAUGCCUCUUCCCGCGGCACUGCUGGCCCGCUUGGCCAAGAGAGGGAUCGUGAAACCGUCAGACCAAGAGGCAGAUGAGGAGAUUAUUGCUGAAGAUUACGAUGACAACAACGUGGAUUAUGAAGCGACGAGAGUGGAAAGUCUUCCCCCGAACUGGUAUAAAGUGUUUGACCCGGCUUGCGGCCUUCCUUAUUACUGGAACGUGGAGACGGAUUUGGUGGCCUGGCUGUCCCCGAAUGACGCAACUUCAGUGGUAACAAAACCUGCCAAGAAAAUAAGAGCAGAGGGAGGAGAUGAAAGAAUCGAGAGGCCGUUUGAGAAGCUAGAGAGAGAGCGGGAGCGGGAAAGAGAAAAAGAACGGGAGAGGGAACGGGAGAGAGAGCGAGAGAGGGACGAAGGGAGGGAGCGGGAGAGAAGAAAGCCGAGGAGAGAGGAACCAGCGCCGUACAGCAAAAACAAAAGAGGGAGAAAAGAUGACGAGAUGGACCCCAUGGAUCCAAGUGCUUAUUCUGAUGCCCCAAGGGGCACGUGGUCCACCGGUCUGCCGAAGCGCAACGAAGCGAAGACGGGUGCAGACACCACAGCGGCGGGGCCCCUGUUCCAGCAGCGGCCCUACCCGAGUCCGGGGGCCGUGCUUCGGGCUAACGCGGCUAACCAGAUACCCAAGGAGUAAGUCGAGCUCCGGAGGAAACGACUAAAGAGAGUUACGGACUGAGAGAUCUCAAGUUCUGUUUUCAUUCUGAAACGUUUGUGUGUGUUUGUGUAAAUGUCAGAAAUCGAGCGCUGAGCUUUUACACCUGCAGUGCUUUUCAUUCUUACACGUAGAAAUGUUGUAAAUACUUUUUUAUAUGACCUGAUGAUUGACUUUGUCGUUGUUACUAAAGCCAUUAGUGGACUUGCUAAUAAAUCUAAACACCUAUAAUGA